UUUCUCCUGACAUGGCAGAUGUGCUGAUGAAGAGUAUUGGAUGUGUCAAUCAGCAGUUUCGGCUUCAGAGAUCUCAAAGCUUCUUGGCACGCCACCAUGAAGUUCCAGAGCUUCUCCGAAGCGACAGAAGUUGGCUUAUACUGCUGGAAUCCCGAGGGCGGACGGCAAAAGCGCUUCAAAGAUGUCACCGUGGAAGACAUUCAGCGAGGCUUGCAAACACCGACCGAGCCUCCCAAGCUUCAACUGGAUAGGGUGAGAUGUCCCCUGACCUUUCUGCAGCCGGAGCGCUGCUAUGGCCCAAGCGCCCUGAACAUGUUCCCGCACGACCCCGGCUAUGUGGUGUCCCUGUAUAUGGCGAAGGAAAUGGGUGUUGAUUUGGACUCAGUCGACUUCUUACUCGGUGGAUCAAGCUUGAACAUCAUGGCCACCAAGCGGAUCGAAGCAGGUGACAAGUACCUCGUCCAGCGCGUGGGGUCACACGAUCAUCGUGGCCAAAUCCAAGCAGUAUCAGCAGAAUUAUGGGGACAUCGGCUUCCAGUUCGAACGCUUGGUCACAGGCGAGCGCCUGGAAGGCCCUCAUGAUGUGCGGAAGCACGAGCAUUUGACAAGGCGGACGAUUGAUUCUUGGAACGUCCUCUUUGCGGCGGAGAUCGAUGCGCUCGACGUGGAUGGAGUGGUGGAGGUGAAAAGCGGCAACCCCAGGAACUUUGCGAUGAAGGUUCUCUUCCAGAUGAUCUCCAACGGAAGCAAAAGGCUUGUUCGCGCAGAUCGGAGGCAAGAUCGCCUGCUUUCCAUUGAGCAAAAGAGCUUGGAGAGGAUGUUCCUUGAUCACUCUCCGCAAGAGCUUCGAGCUGCAGAAAGCAAUAUCCUGGAAGUUCUUUCGAUGCUGAAACACGAGCUGGGCGAAGGCCUUUGGGAGCUUCAGUUCCUCGGAGGGAGGCCGAGCCUCGUCCCAAGCAGGGGCGAUUUGCUUCCUUCAGAGGAAGUCUUGAAAGAGCUCCUGGCAUAAGGCCAGAGGCGUGGUGGAAGAUGAGCUUUGGCUCCAAACCAUAGCUGCGAUAGCCAUAGGCUGCUGUAGGCAGGCUUUUGGGUGGGAAGAGCAGAUCGAUGGUAUAGCUGGUUUAGCUGCCGGGGUGGAUUUCUGUGGCAUUGUAUGUUCAUUUCUGUUCGUGAUGGCUGGGACUUUGCAGGAGUAAGCUGAGUGGAUCUAUAUCUGAACCUCUGUGUCAUGCGUAGUUGGCGAUUCGUGCGCAACUGGGUCUGUGGGGGCAUGUUGGAGGUCUGACUACGGUUUCAGCGGUGUGAUUCAUGAUGGCUUAGUCCGGAGGCAGUCGCAAAAACGCCGUGAAACCGUACCAAUGUGCUGAAUUACCAGAAGCUUCUCCAUGAAGAUCUUGUGAAUUCUCCUGUAACUCAUCAUUGAUGUUUGUCCUAACA